AUGAAGAUUACUCGCUCCAUAUCUGUCUCACUCAUGAUAUAUAUAAUAACUAGGGCAUCCAUUUCAAGUGCAUAUCCGAUUUUUGCCCAGCAGAAUUAUGAAAAUCCACGCGAGGCAACCGGGCGUAUUGUAUGUGCCAAUUGCCAUUUAGCUAGUAAGCCUGUGGAUAUUGAGGUUCCACAAGCGGUACUUCCCGAUACUGUAUUUGAAGCAGUUGUUAAAAUUCCUUAUGAUAUGCAACUAAAACAAGUUCUAGCUAAUGGUAAAAAGGGAGCUUUGAAUGUGGGAGCUGUUCUUAUUUUACCCGAGGGGUUUGAAUUAGCCCCCCCCCCCCCCGAUCGUAUUUCACCCGAGAUGAAAGAAAAGAUAGGAAAUCUGUCUUUUCAGAAUUAUCGCCCCAAUAAAAAAAAUAUUCUUGUGAUAGGUCCUGUUCCUGGUCAAAAAUAUAGUGAAAUAACCUUUCCUAUUCUUGCCCCAGACCCUGCUACUAAUAAAGAUGUUCACUUCUUAAAAUAUCCUAUAUACGUAGGUGGAAACAGGGGAAGAGGUCAGAUUUAUCCUGAUGGUAGCAAAAGUAACAAUACAGUUUAUAAUGCUACGGCAGGAGGGAUAAUAAGCAAAAUUUUACGAAAAGAAAAAGGGGGAUACGAAAUAACCAUAGCGGAUGCAUCGAAUGAACGCCAAGUUAUUGAUAUUAUCCCUCGAGGCCUAGAACUUCUUGUUUCAGAGGGCGAAUCCAUUAAACUCGAUCAACCAUUAACGAGUAAUCCUAAUGUGGGUGGGUUUGGUCAGGGGGAUGCGGAAAUAGUACUUCAAGAUCCAUUACGUGUUCAAGGCCUUUUGUUUUUCUUAGGAUCGGUUGUUUUGGCACAAAUCUUUUUGGUUCUUAAAAAGAAACAGUUUGAGAAG